ACUAAAACCAAUGGAAAAUAGUCAAAAUAAAUUUGUAUUUUGCGGGAUUCUACUCUGACUUCGCAUAGCAAAAUGUUGAGUGCAGCGUGCACUAUUGAACCAAACCCCGAUGUAACGGGAACAGGUAUCCGAAUUUCGAUUUACGCUCUUGCACUCGGCGGUCGAGUAAUCAGCUUUAUUGCCUCCCAGAUCGGCAACGAGGAAGACACAAAAGAGCUUAGAGAAGCCAUAGAUGUAACACUAAGUGUCCAAGGCCUUGCUCUCCUCUUCACAGCAGUAACGCAAGCCUUCCUCAACAAAUUAACUCUCUUCCACGCUAUCUGCGUCAUCCAUCUCCUCGCCCUCCUCGGCAUAAAUCUCCCGCGCCAGGCCAAAUACAGAAAUGUGGGAGUGCUGAGGAUGUAUGUAUGGCUUGGGAUAAAGUUCUGUGCCAGCGGCAUUUUCAUGGCUUUUGCUACUUAUAUCUGGUAUACGGCAAGGACAUUCGGAGUGCAGCCAGAAUGCAAUGCGGAUAUAAUUUAUGUCGUAUUUGGUAUCAGCAUUCCUGCUACCUCCGCAGCACUGCGCUGGAUCAUGGUUGGCACGCUCUUACUCACUGCUUUCUGGUCGUUGGUUGGAGCGGUGCUCAUGGUCUGUUUUUACGCAUUUUUCAGCUGGCAAGCGAGGAGGCAUCCGAAUGGGUGGGAGACGUUUCGGUAUUCUGAGCAAAUACCGCCGACGAGCGACGGGGAAACGAAGGUGGAACAGUGGAUGGGGAUGAUUGUUGGCGUUGGCUUCAAUAUUUAUGCGAUGGUGUCCCUGGAACAAACUAUAUCGAGGAAUACUAUCGGAAUCGGAGAACGAGAGUGGACGUUUGGACAAAUACUUUCCAUAUUUAUGUUGGUUGGGGUUGCGAACGAGAGUGUGAAUUUUGUUCUUGCGUAUUUAGACAGAAAUGAGCGAGAAAGAACGCAUGCUGAAUGACAAAACAGUCUAGUAAUUUAAAAGGCUCAUUAUUUCAUAUCUUAUUGGGUCGCUCAAUCACACCACUCCUUCGCCGCCAUUCCACA